AUUGCAUCGCAGAAGAAGACAUUGGCAAAUGGUUCUUGGAAUCCAACGGUUAUGAACCGCAGCUGCAACUUUAAUAUCAUACUCCGAGCUUUAUAGAAAGCCUUUCAAACAACUGCUUUGGAAAUUGCUAGCUUCCUUCUUAGUCCUUGUAAGAAAUAAGAAGUUGCCAAAGUGUUUUCUUUCACUCACAUUCUUCCUGCUUUCAGCAGCUCAGGUGCUUCAAGCCUCAUACCACACUGGAGAAACGAGAAAGAAAGAAUGAGAGUGUCGAGUGGAGCACAAGAAGCUACUGCAGUAGAUAUUAGGCUUGAAAACACUGAGGUUGUCUCUCUGGAAGAAGUAUCUUUGGAGCAAAAGAACGUUGACUACUCAGCACAAAGGAAACAGACACAGCAAGCCCGUUAUACGUAUGGUACCAUCUUCUUGAUAACAAAUCUUAUGGCUUGGUUUGUCCGCGACUAUGGGCAAAAGCUUUUACCUCAGCUACACUACCCAACAGCUUGUGGAACCGAGGGGCAUGAUUGUUUUCGGACACUGGGAGUACUUCGCGUGAGUUUAGGAUGUUUUAUAUAUUUCUUUCUAAUGUUUCUUACUACAUCUAAAACAAGGAAAUUGUUUGAAGUUCGCAAUACCUGGCAUUCAAGAUGGUGGGCGUUUAAGUUUUUCCUGUUUGCUGUAUCAGUGACAGUUCCAUUCUUCUUCUCUCCAGAUUUUAUUCAAUUAUAUGGUGAAUUUGCUCGUGUUGGUGCAGGGAUUUUUCUCAUCCUACAACUUGUAAGUGUUAUCCAGUUUAUCCAUUGGUGGAAUAAUUACUGGAUGCCUGAUAAGGAAAGGAAGCAAAGCUGCUCCCUUGGGUUAUUAAUGUCAACAAUUUUCUACAUUGCUUCCAUAUGUGGAAUUGUGUCAAUGUACCCGUUAUAUGCACAAAGACUGUUGUGCACACUCAACAUAUUUUUCAUCACAUGGACUGCAAUUCUGCUAAUUGUGAUGAUGGUAGUAUCCUUGCAUUCAAAGGUCAACCGAGGUCUUUUAUCUUCAGGGAUAAUGGCGUCUUACAUUGUUUUCCUCUGUUGGUCAGCAAUCAGAAGUGAACCCGCCACUUCCAAAUGCAACACACAGAAGCCAGUGAAUGGAAAUGGUGAUUGGACUACCAUAGUUGGCUUCCUGAUAGCAAUAUGUGCAAUUGUCAUGGCAACCUUUUCCACCGGGAUUGAUUCAAAAUCAUUUCAGUUCCGCAAAGAUGAAGUUCAACAGGAAGAUGAUAUUCCUUACACGUAUGGAUUUUUCCAUCUGGUAUUCUCCUUGGGAGCCAUGUAUUUUGCGAUGUUAUUCAUCAGUUGGAACCUAAAUAACUCGGCCAGAAAGUGGAGCAUUGAUGUUGGCUGGGCAAGUACAUGGGUGAAAAUAGUCAAUGAGUGGUUUGCUGCCACUAUAUACUUGUGGACUCUGAUCUCCCCAACUGUGAUACAGAACAAAGUCAUGGAUCAUGAUGAGCCUGUCCAACAGAUAGAUGAGUCAGCUAUGCCAUGAUUGGCUUUAUCAUUUCUUCUUGUAAUCAUUCUUUGUGCAGAUGUCAUUCUUCAAUUAACAUAAAAGGACAGCUAAACAGUUAUGAAAAUAAAGCAAAAAAAUGGCAUUAGUUGAGAAUAAGAUGCGAUGCAAUAUCCAGUGUCAACCUCAUCAUCCUAAACAUCCUUUUGACACAAACUUAGCAGAAGCUUGUCAAAUGCACAAGAAUUGUAAGGUCAUGUUAUGUAUUUGGA